AUGAAGGUCACGGUCAAAAACUGGCACGCGAUUGCUCAAUGGCAAUGGGAUAUUGGGAGGUCGGAUGAUUCUGAAGAAGACGUCUGCGGUAUCUGUCGCGUGCCAUAUGAGGGGUGUUGCCCGUCAUGUAAGGUUCCAGGAGACGAUUGUCCCCUAAUCUGGGGAGAAUGCAGCCAUGUGUUUCACAUGCACUGCUUACUGAAGUGGAUUGGGACGACGUCGUCAAAACAACAAUGUCCAAUGGACCGCAGACCAUGGGGUGCGCCACACUGA